AUGGUACUCUUACAUGGCGAAACAGUCUUUCCGGGCACGCCAGCUGCCCUCCUGCGUGGUGCCGAGUACUUUAUUUACGUGUACCACGCUCGUAGAUCAGUGGUUCGGGAUCCCGGACUUAGUAUGGCCAGACCGAAUACUCAUAGACCCAACGGAUCCCCGGCUAUCAAUUCAUCCACAGGUUCUGCCAGUCAAUACCAAACCCCCAGAGAUCUGCUGACUCAAGCGGCGAAAAAUGUUAGCUCUUUUCAUUUUAAACGGGCACUGCGCUUGUACAAGUCUGCACUUUCCCAACUCGAUCACCUACAGCCCUCAGAGGAGAAUCGAAGACUUAUCAUUGAGGCUCUCCAAUCUUCUGCUUUUCUUUUGCUUGAUGAGGGGAAAUUGAAAGAGGCAAAAGAGAAUUUCCAAAAAGCCGUUCAGUUAUCUCCAGAUGAGGGCUAUGAGAAAUACAUGUACUUGGCCCAAAUUUCAGGAGGUUCGGAGGCUGUGGAUUUGUAUCGAAGGGGAAUUGAAAUUAUAAAAAGAUCUCUUGACGCGAGUAUGAAUCAUCAAUGUCAUUGUGAAAAGAUGACAGAUGAUGUUGAUAGUUCAACGAAAAAUAAGCUGAAACGUGCCUUGUCGAACGCCUACUGUGCCAUCUCUGAACUUUACACUACGGAUCUGUGUGAUGAACCCGAAGCUGAGUCGAGCUGUCGAGAGGCGGUCCAAAAAGCAACGGAAGCAGACGAAUCAAAUCCGCAAGCCUGGUUCUCCGCUGCGAAUAUGCUGACCAUAAAAGCGCAGAAUGAUGAGGCUAGGCGAGCUCUGGAAAAGUGCUUUUCGCUUUAUUGGCCUCAAGUCGAACAGGUCGUCUCACUUCUCCGGUCUCGUGAAAAUGGUAAUGGAGAUGUUGCUGGUCAUGAUGAAGAAGUAGAGGAAUUGGAUUUGGAAGAGAUUUCGGGAAUGCCUUAUGAAGCGCAUAUUCAAAUGGUCAAAAUGAUGAUAGAGUUGGACAUGUUCGAGCGUGCUGCAGAGAUUCUCGAAGUGAUGCUUGAAGAGGAUGACGAACAUGCGGAGGUACUCUAUCUUCUCACUGUUGUUGGGAAAAAGCUUUGGAUAAACUCAGAUCCUGAUCAUUUGAGGUACUACGCCGAGGUUACUAGAGAGCUGUGUGCAAAUAAUGGUGAUGUCGAAACGGUAGGAGAAAUGGAGGAACUCUUGGCCACUCUUCCUCAAAAUGAUUCGGGUAGGGAGGGAGAAGGUGACGGCGAUCCUGAAAUUUCGUCCUCAGGCGAGGACGAAGAAGAAGAAGAAGAAGAAGUGAUGGACACCCUGUGA